GAUCCUGGAGUUCCUGUCGACAAUUCAACCAAACCCUUCUGGCUGACAGAGCCAGCCAAGAUCGGAACGCUCCAGUCUCCAUGGGUGGACUCGGCAGACAUCGUCAUUAUCGGUUCUGGCAUGACAGCAGCAAGCCUCUGCCGUACCUUGUACUCCCGAGGUGCACCCAAGAUUGUUCUCCUCGAAGCCCGAGACCUCUGCUCCGGGGCCACUGGCCGCAAUGGAGGCCAUAUGAAAGCUAUGAGUCCCGGCGCCUGGCACGAUCGGAAGAAGAUGUAUGGCCUAAAAGAAGCCAUCAAGAUCAUGGAGUAUGAGCAUAGUCACGUCGACAUUAUGACGGCUUGCAUUCGUGAAGAGAACAUCGAUUGCGACCUGGACCUCUUGGAAGGCCUUGAUGCCUACUACGAUAAGAAGAUCUUCGACCAUGCUUGUAAAGCGGUCGAAGAGAUGCGAAAGUAUGCUCCGGCACUCGGCAAGCGAUAUACCAUCUACACAUCCAGGGAGGACUUGAGAUCCCGAAAUGUCUCAGACGAGUGCGUCGGAGCAAUCGGCAUGCGUGCGGGGUCCAUGUGGCCUUAUAAGAUGGUGACAGCGCUGCUGGAGAGGAUGGUCAGAGACAACAAACUCUCAGUUCAGACCAAUGCCGUCGUCACAUCAAUCUCUGAUAAUGACGAAGACGACUAUGCCACCGUCCACACAAGCCGAGGAAACAUCAGGGCCUGCAAUAUCAUCCACGCAACCAAUGCCUGGAUUGGUCAUCUUGUCCCAGAACUACGGCCAUUUGUUUCCCCCGUUCGAGCCAAUGUCCAGCGUCGUCUUCCCAAGAACAAGGUGAUGAAGCCUGGUAACUCGUGGUGGCUGCGAUACGGAGAGAAGGACUAUGACUUUUUGAUGCAGAGGCCUGAUGGUGCGUACAUAAUCGGACGGGCAAACUCGUCCCGUCGAGCAACAGCCGAUGACAGCGCCAUCGACUUUCUCCCUCACGCCCAUUUACGCGGUACGAGUCCUCUAGUGUUUGACUUUGGUGGAGAGGCCGAGACCACUCAUGCCUGGAGUGGCCCUGUUGGCUUCACGCUGGAUGGUAAUCCCUUCAUUGGCAAGCUCCCCUUCCCUGGUCGUAGUCAUCAAUGGGUCUGCGCCGCUUUCCAAGGCAUUGGCAUGGUUAGAGCCUUCAGAGCGGCAGAAAUGCUCGCGCACCUGUUGCUCGGGGAAAAG